UCCUGUUUUACAACGCACACGUGUGUAUCGUAAACAAACUAAGUUGACGUUUUUCAGAACUGUCAUGCCGAAGAAUAAAGGAGGAGGUGGAGGUGGAAAAGGUGGUAAGGGGGGCUCAAAGGGAGCUGAAGGCGGUGGAGGUGAAAAGGAGAAAAAAGGUGGAACCGCUGUCAAAGUGAGACAUAUUCUAUGUGAGAAACAGUCUAAGGUUUUAGAGGCUAUGGAGAAGUUAAAGAGUGGGGUUAAGUUCAACGAGGUGGCAACAAAUUACAGUGAGGAUAAAGCAAGACAAGGGGGUGACCUCGGCUGGAUGACCCGAGGUAGUAUGGUUGGCCCCUUUCAGGACGCAGCCUUUGCCCUUCCGAUCAGUUCCCUAGGCAAUCCUCACUACACUGAUCCACCAGUUAAAACGAAGUUUGGCUAUCACAUCAUCAUGGUUGAGGGAAAGAAGUGACAACUGGACUCUUUAACUUUUUACUCUAUGCCGAACAUUGCAUGUAUGGUAACUGAUGUUACUGAUAAGUCAGUUUAUGUUGUGGACAGAAAGGAAUGGAAGGGAAUUUUUACAUUUGAUUGUGUCAAGUAUGCUGAAAAUAGCUCUUUAUAACUUUGAAAUAGAAGAAACAACCCUUCAAUUUGUAUUUUAAACCUUCUAGCUCUUUGGAUGUUCAGUUCAGCAAAUCGGAUCGUACUACCUAGAUUGAAAUAAACAAAUGUAUGUUUUUUAUUGAGACCGUGAUAUUUUGUAUAAAGAAUGAAGGAUAUAUUGUGAUGCGGUAAUGGAGAGCAGUAGUAAACAGGUAUAUUCUACUAUCAUUACUAAUAUAUCAGCAGGCAGCUGCACUUAGUAAUGGCUUGACAAAGGAAAUAUAUCACCUCCCUUCUUUUUAAUUUUAAGAUUGUCCCGGCUAAGAAAUAAUGACAUGCUCUCAUAAGGAAUAGUUUUUAUACGUAACAAUGUCUUCCUUUAACUUCACAUUAAGUAAUUGUAUACAUUGUAUUUACAUGGGGGAGAUUCUGGAUGCUCAAAAUUGAAAUGUGUGCAUAUACCCCCUAGAGACACAUGACCCUUUAAAAUGACAUUUUGAGUUGUUCUUUCAGAUGAAAUCAGUAGAUUUUAGAUUAAAAGAAUAUUUUAGCAAACUCUCUGGUUGAAAAUACUAACUUCAGGGGAAAUUAGGAGUGUCCUUCCUAAAUAGGGAGAGAGUUGGCAAGUAUGCAUAUUGAAAAUAUUAAUACAUUAAGUAUGACCAACCAAAUUUACUGUUGUUUUUCCCCCAUGAUUAAUAAAAAAAAAUACCAGUCUAUUCCAGAAAAUAUUGUUGUAAAGGAUUGUUGUUGUAAGCUUUAUUACGGGAAAUUCUUUUGGGAUGUGUUUUAUUGACGGUUGUCUUGGUUUUAAAUAAUUUGUAUUCCAAUCUUAAUUUUGUCUUAUCAAGGGUUUUCUUUAUCAAUUUUUUGCUGUUACCGUAAACUUCUGAUUUUUUGACAAUUGAAAUAAGAUUUAUUUGUGGGGUCCAAAUUUUGUGGUUUCCCGGAGAGAAAAAAAUUCGUUGGUACAUGAAUUUGUGGAUUACAAGGUACAGAGAAUUGUUUUUUGUCAAACUUGUAAUUACUUUGUGGACCUUUGAAUUUGUGGAGGCAGAUUACCCAUGAAAUCAACGAAAUUAAAAAACUCCACAAAAAUAAGUGAUUUCUCAUUACAUUUAUACCUGUACUUGGCAAGGAAGAGUUCUAUAAACAGUAUACAUUGCACUAUGUGUAUGAUACAGUGUAUUCAAUACUGUUUAUCAUUUUCAGGUGGUUGUAUUUAAUAAAUCAUAGAAUAUAAUUUCUUUGAUAUUAACAAUUCAUAUACCAACAGUGUUGAAUUGAAACACAGGGUUUCUUGAACCAAGACAGAAUUACCUGUAUGCUAAGGAAAAUGACAGGUAUGUGAAGAAGAAUGGCAUGUACCAUACAGUAGGUACCCAGUAUAUGAAAAUAAAGAAAAGUAAUAAA